CUCAAUAAAUAGCGAGGCGCGCGCAGCUCGCCGGCGGUAAGUCGAGCGAGACGGACGGACGGACGGACGAGGAAGGAAGAGAAGAGAAGCGAAGCGAAGAGAAGAAGAAGAAGAGGAAGAGGAGGAGGAGGAGGCGUCGUCGUCGGAGGCGUCACCCACAAGGGCGGAAUGGCGACUCGCAUCCACGUUCCCGGCUCGCCCACCGUGCCCAAGCUGCCCGUCUUCGUGCACGAGCACGACCUGGAGGCGGGCGCCUUGCAGCUCCUCAAGCACGUGCGGCCCGAGUGGAAAGCGGCGGACGUGAACAUGAAGCUGUUCACGGACGGCAUCACGAACAAGCUGGUGGGCUGCUCACGAGGGGACAGCAGGGAGGACGUCGUGCUCAUCCGAGUGUACGGCAACAUGACGGAGCUGUUUGUCGACAGGGACAACGAGCUGAAGAGCUUCCAAGUGCUGCAGGCCUACGGCUGCGCGCCCAGCCUCUACUGCACCUUCCUCAACGGCCUCUGCUACGAGUUCAUGCACGGCCACGUCCUCGACACGGCGCUGGUUCGGCAGCCGGACAUCUUCAGGCUCACCGCGAGGGAACUUGCUCGCAUCCACGCCAUCCACGCGCACAACGGCUGCAUCCCCAAGCCGAACCUGUGGAUGAAGCUGCAGAAGUACUUCUCGCUGGCGGCCGAUGGAUUCCCGGACCCGAAGGUCCAUGCCAGGUUUCUCUCGGAGGUGCCCAGCCGGGCGGAGCUGGAGAGAGAGAUGCUCGGCCUGCAGGAGACGCUCGCCGGCCUGGGCUCUCCCGUCGUGCUCUGCCACAACGACCUGCUCGUCAAGAACAUCAUCUACAACGCCGACAAAGGCACCGUGCGGUUCAUUGAUUACGAGUACGCAAGCUACAACUACCAGGCCUACGACAUCGGAAACCACUUCAACGAGUUUGCAGGGGUGAGCGACGUCGACUACAGCCUGUACCCCGACAAGGAGCUGCAGUUCCGCUGGCUGAGGGCCUACCUGGAGGCCUACAAGGAGUUCACCAAGAACCCCGGCCGCUCCGUGGCCGACGCGGACGUCCAGAGGCUCUACGUCCACGUCAGCAAGUUCUCCCUGGUGUCGCACUACUUCUGGGGCCUGUGGUCCUUGAUCCAAGCAAAGUAUUCCACCAUCGACUUCGACUUCCUGGGCUACGCCAUCGUCCGCUUCACGCAGUACCGGGAGACGAAGCCUCACGUCAUGGCUCUGGAGGCGCCGCUCUAGAAGAUUGUCCCGCUGCUCUCCAAACCUCGUGACGCACGACAGCCACACACACGUACACGCUCACACACACGCUCGCACAGACACACGCACGCUAGCACAGACACACGCACGCUCA